AUGUUCCUGAUAAAAAUCCCUUCAGAGACUCUACAGGUAUUGAGUGAACAUACAGAUGAAGUCUGGUUUUUGACAUUCUCACAUGAUGGCAAACACUUAAUUAUUAAUUUUUUGCUGAUCCACUUAGAUAUGUUUUUUUUUUUUUAUCAGAUUGAUGCAGAGAGGAAGUUUAGGCAGAAGCAUAAACUUGUGGGGCACAAGAAACCAGUAGUAACAGUCUUAUGGAGUCCUGAUGAUCAACAAGUCAUUACAUGUGGAGAAAACGAAGUCAUCAAGCGAUGGGAAGUUGGUUCAGGACAAUGUGUUCAAACCUAUGGAAGAGUUGAUGAAGCUGGUUCUGUUUCUUGCGGUUGGUUUCAUGACGGUUCAGGUAUCAUCGGUGCAAUGUCAGACAGAAGAAUCUACCUGUGGAGUUUAGACGGAGCCGAGAUGGAGCACGAGCAAGAACAACGUGCGCAAAACCUUUCUGAUGUAGCCAUGACUAGUGAUGGGAAGUGGAUAGUAAGCGUGGGGGAGGAGCAGCACGAGAUCUCGUUGUUUAGUAGAGAGACCAGAGCUGAGAGAGUGAUUGGACUAGAUGAGAAAGAGAUGGUUACAUCGUUCUCGCUUUCUAGAGACGGUAGGCUUCUUCUAAUAGAUGAUCUCAUUUCAGAGAAGAUCCAACUCUGGUGCAUUGAAGGCGAACUACCGUUUAAGGUUGAGAGCUUCGAGGGACACAAGCGUAGUCGGUUCGUUAUCAGGUCUUGCUUUGGUGGGUAUGAUGAAGAUUUCAUCGCUAGUGGGAGUGAGGAUUCUCAGGUAUACAUAUGGCACGUAGUGAAAGGGUUGAGACCUUGUCGUGUGUUGCGUGGACAUUCAGGAGCUGUGAACUGUGUGAGUUGGAACCCUGCUGAUAUUCAUAUGCUGGCUUCAGGGAGUGAUGAUACAACCAUAAGGAUUUGGGGACUUGCCAAGAACUAG